GGAGAGAUACGGAGCCCAUCGGUCACUCUGUACUGGAGGAGGUGGAGGGGGGGAGCGAAAGGAGGAAAAGCGACCUAGAACGCGAGGCAGGCGGGUGGGGGGAGGAGGAGGAGGAGUCGCGCUUCUCCGAGUCCCCAACUUUGCGCGAAGGAAGGGCGCACGCACGGGGGGCGCUUUCCCGGCAAAGGGGCCCCCAGGAUCCCUCCAGGAAGGUCCCUCUUCCUGGGCAUUGGCCCCUUCCCGUUUCAAAGCCACUUAGAGGCACCCCUCGAGCGUCGACCAUGAAGGCAGCCGUGGACCUCAAACCCACCCUGACCAUCAUCAAAACCGAGAAAGUUGAUGUGGAUCUGUUCCCUUCCCCGGAUAUGGAAUGUGCGGACGUGCCUUUGCUAACUCCAAGCAGCAAAGAAAUGAUGUCUCAAGCAUUAAAAGCCACAUUCAGUGGCUUCACAAAAGAGCAGCAACGACUGGGAAUCCCCAAAGAUCCUCAGCAAUGGACAGAGACCCACGUAAGGGACUGGGUGAUGUGGGCAGUGAAUGAAUUCAGCCUGAAGGACGUGGACUUCCAUAAGUUCUGUAUGAAUGGAGCUGCUCUCUGUGCUCUAGGCAAAGACUGCUUUCUUGAACUGGCACCAGAUUUUGUAGGAGACAUCCUUUGGGAACAUCUGGAGAUCCUGCAGAAAGAAGAGAUGAAGCCAUAUCCAGCUAAUGGAGUGAAUGCGGCCUACCCAGAAUCCCGCUAUACAUCAGACUACUUCAUUACUUAUGGCAUUGAGCAUGCUCAGUGUGUUCCUCCCUCGGAAUUUUCAGAGCCCAGUUUUAUCACAGAGUCCUACCAGACCCUCCAUCCAAUCAGCUCUGAGGAGCUCCUGUCCCUCAAGUAUGAGAAUGAGUACCCAUCACCAUCCAUCCUUCGUGAUCCAGUACAGAUGGAAUCCUUUCCAGGAGACCUCUUCACAAUCAAACAGGAAGUUGUAACACCAGAUAACAUGUGCAUGGGGCGCACUAGCCGAGGUAAACUUGGGGGCCAAGAUUCCUUUGAGAGCAUAGAGAGCUAUGACAGCUGUGACCGCCUGACACAGUCCUGGAGCAGUCAGUCAUCUUUCCAGAGUCUUCAGCGUGUGCCUUCUUAUGACAGCUUUGACUCCGAGGACUACCCAGUUGCCUUGCCCAACCACAAGCCCAAAGGCACCUUUAAGGACUAUGUUCGAGACAGGGCAGACAUGAACAAGGACAAACCUGUCAUUCCUGCUGCAGCCCUGGCUGGUUACACAGGUAGUGGACCAAUUCAGCUGUGGCAGUUCCUGCUGGAGCUUCUCACGGACAAGUCCUGCCAGUCCUUCAUCAGCUGGACAGGUGAUGGCUGGGAAUUCAAGCUCUCUGAUCCUGAUGAGGUGGCGAGAAGAUGGGGCAAGAGGAAAAACAAGCCAAAAAUGAACUAUGAGAAGUUGAGUCGUGGGCUGCGCUACUACUAUGACAAGAACAUCAUCCACAAGACUGCAGGAAAGCGCUAUGUCUACCGCUUUGUAUGCGAUCUGCAAAGCUUACUGGGAUACACACCUGAAGAGCUCCAUGCCAUGUUGGAUGUGAAACCGGACGCCGAUGAGUGAACGCAACAAGCGGGCAAGAGCAGAAAUCCUUGUGCGAGAUUCAGUGUGUCCAUCUAGAAAUUCUAUUGAACUUUGCUAUUUUUAUUUUUUUGCUGUCAUGAUUUUCCUUUUUUUGUUUGUUUGUUAAGAAACAAACAUUUCCAUUGGUUGUGGUGGGAUUUUAUACUUUUGGAUGAAACUGUGACAUAUUUUGGCUUGGAAGAGAAAGAAAACAAGUUUUGUAUUUGAAUGUUCUUGGAGAGUUUUGUUGGGGGCUGAUACUUUAAAAGUCAGGGAAAAAAGAGUUCAGCUGUUAACCACCUUGUUACAAUCACCCAAUGAAUAUAUUAAAGAACUCCCCCACCCGCACCCCCAGCAAGGUGUCAUAAACUGACAAUCCAUAAGCUUGUAAGACACCUUUUUAUUUUUUAGCGGGGAAUGUUCUUUGGGGGCAGAACAUCCUGUUUUGCAGGGAAAUCAUAUUGGAAUAGCUAAGAGCUGUGGUCCCUGAUAAUUUUGCAUUUCAAAAUACAAGUUUGUUUGUUUGUUUGUUUGUUUGUUUGUUAGGAGGGACCAAAACCUUUUUUUAAUUUGUAAAAAUAAUGUUAUUUUAUUAAAUUUUGUGCCAGUAUUUUUUUCUAAGAUAGUCUUAAGCUCUAAGAUGGUCUCGGUAUUGCAAUAUUGUAUGUUGGGGUUUUUUUUAUUGUUAUGCCAGCUGGAAAUUUUAUCAGCAUUGACGCUAUGUAGACCCCACCAGAAACAGACACAUUAAACUGUUAGAUAGAAAAUCUGGUGUGUGGGGGGCAGGGAAGAGACCUAUGUGUGAAUGGCUGUUUCACUUUAUCACUGGGCCUCCUGCACUUUACCUGGUCUGCUCUUCUAUUCUUACUGGUAGAUCUAUUUUGGGAAACAAUUGGAGAAUAUUUUGGUCAAUAAUGUCAUUUUUACCAUGGGGCUUUAUUUGGACUCUCUUUCACUUUUCCCAUUCGCUCUCAAGAUAUUUUAAAGAAAGGUUUUUAUUCCAGGAUUAAAUUUUAGGGUUAUUUUUAAUCUCCUAGUUGGUAAAUUAAUGGACAGUCUGUUAUUGAUCAUUGGUUCUCCCACCGCACAGGUAUCAAUCACUAAGUAUCACAGGUAGUGUGUAGAAUGGGGUAUUUUGUAAAAAGAAUAGCUAUUGCCUUGAGGGUACUCUAACCUUUCUUAGGGAGCCAGAAACCCUUUCCAGAUGGCAUAACAUGUAUAUAAGAAUGCUUUCUAAGAUUCUGCCAGCUGGACCCACUUCUGGUAUGAAAGUUCCUUCCAAAAACUCCAUUUGCUUUACAUCAGUCAGGACCAUCAGCCAUGAGCCUAACACAUACACUAUUUUAGCUGCAUGCCAUGUUGCCUCUAAAGCCUAUGUGGGAAUGUGAGGCAAAGAUACUGAGGUGGUUUGCAAGUGGCACUAAGCCAGACUAUGCCUUAGUGUGAAGAUGUGGGCUCCUGGAGAGGAGAUUGCAGCUGCUUCCAGUCCUUCCAUGCUGUUGUGAGCAAAGCCAUGGUUUGGCUUAGCAUGUUGUCUGACCUUGGGCUUGUGGUUUGUCUUACGCCAGACAAACCAGGAGCUGUAACCAAGAUAAGCAAACCAUGGGUUAGCCCACAUCAGGGCAGCAGCAAGAGUGACUAGGGGCAAAGCUUUGCAACCAUGAUCUCCUCAAUCUCCACCCUGAGAACCUUCAUGCUUGCACCUCUGCUCUAAAGUUUGGCUCAGCUUUACAUGAGAGCCAGCUCAGUUAUUGUCUUUUGUUCAAGCUCGGCCGGAAGUUGAACUCUGAACCCCAACCUGUUAAGUGCUUGAGCUCCAUACUCAUGCAGUCCCAAAGAAAAGAAAAGAAAAGAGGAUGCACUAGGCAAUAGGUAACAUUUUCCUAUUAAACAUUGCUUGUUACAUUCCUUUUUAAAAAACACCAUAACAUUCAAGGAGGCAGGUGGGGAUGUGGAGUGAAACAGACAUUUCUUUUCCUUCCUCACUGUCUUUUAAAAAUAUUACUGAUUUCGUUGGUGGAAUGUUGAUGCAAUUAAGACAAUGCGGGUGUCAAUACACUCCCCAACCUCCUGGCCCAGCUGUGACUUACAAUGACACCGUGAUUUACAGUUGUAUAUGUCUGCAUGUGUAUUUGACGGGGUGUGUGUGUAUGUUAUCAGCCCCACCUACCUGAGUGUAGCUGCAUGGUAGAUGCUUUUAUAACAUCUACAUCUAUAACAUGAUUGCAUACAAACCAUACGUUUAAAGCACAUUUGAAUUACAUGGCUUCCCCCAAAGAAUCCUGGGGACUGUAGUUUACCCCUCCCAGAGCUACAAUUCCCAGCAUUCUUAACAAAGUACAGUUCCCAGGAGUCUUUGGAAGAAGUCAUUUGCUUUAAAUGUAAGCUGUGUACGCAGCCCGUGUUUGUCACAUUCACACUUUAUAAUUUAUAAGUGAAUCCUUCAUCAGUCAUAAAUGAGUUAUGCUUAAGAAAUGCAAGCUAUGAAUCGGCCUAUAAGAGUUCCCCGUGGAACAAAAUUGGAGAAGCUAUGUCUGUGACCUUAAAGCAGCAAACAUUGUAAUGUAUUUUUUUAAAAAAAAAAUACUUUUACUUUGUGUUAAACCCUGAAAUAGUGCAGAAUUAAAAGAGGGGGAGCUCCCUGGGUCACUGAAGUGUCAGCAGCAUUUGAAACAGACCAGGCCUGAGGUAAUGCCUUAGGUUUGCAGGGCUAGGCUGUAAGUAAAAAAGAAGAACAAAUAAAGUUGUUUAUCAGAGAUCCCUUUCCCACCAACCUUCCAAUGAGGUGGUAAAUCUGUGUCUGAACUGAAGUGGACCUUUUCAAACUGCAGGUCAGAUCUCACAAGAUAGAAUGCUACUCGGGCCAACGCAAUUCUCUGCACACAGAAAGCUAAAUGUUAGAUUCCUCUCCUUAACAUGCCAAUCGUUGAUAUGCAUUGGUUUGUAUGGAGUAUUCCAAUGUGACUCCACCCACAUCCAAACUGCUCUCUAUAUUCCUUAGACGGGAGUUUACCAUCGCACUUGUGGUGGGUGGGAACCAGGCUCUAUCCACUGUCAUGCCCUACGAGACAGGUAGUCUUAAAGACAGGUUAUCAGGAGGCAUGGAUAUAAGUGAAGCCAAAGGGAGUUUUCACUUUUGCUAAAUGACUGCAGGCCAUCAAGAUUUAUGGAUGUAUUCCUCACUCAGAAUCCAAAAGGAUAGUGCCAAAGAGGAAUUGGGCUUAAUAACUCUUAUUGUUGUGCCAAAUACCAACAGAGGAUAUUAUCUACACAACAAGCGUACAGUGGUUUUAAACCAAUUUAAUUAUCAUAGCUACACCUGCAAAGAAUCCUGGGAACUGAAGUCUGCUGAGGGCUCUGAUUCUGCUGUCAGAGAAAGCCCUAGUUCCACUCAUAAAACUACAGUCCCUAGAGUGCUUUUGGGGGAAGAGGGAAUGGCAAUUAAAUGUUUAAUUUUUGUGGUGCAGUUCAUUUGUCUGUUUCAAAAAAUGGGCACUUGAUAAUGCAUCAGACCCCCUAGUUGUGACCAAUGAAUAGCUUCCAUGAAUUUACCCAUGGUUUGUUGAAAAUUGCUUGGUGUAUCUUGGGAAGACAUAGGACAAAGUUUCUAAGCCAAGAAUAUUAGUGGUGGAUGUUUCUGGAAUGGGAAUACUGAUAUCUGAAUCUAGAGUUCAGUUAGAUUUAAUUGCAGCAAAGAAAAAGAAGAGUGUGAGUAGAAGAUGAGAGGAAAAUGAGGGUAGUGGAGGUGGGGAAAGACUGUAUCCAUAAAAGAAGAGCAACUUCCAGUCUAGCAUUUCGAGCAUUUGGUGGCUGUAGAUCUAGGCCAGUUGUGGGGAAUCUUUGCCCUCCAAAUUUGCUGAACUAUUAUUCCCACCAUCCCUAACCAUUGGCCAUGCUUUCUGGGGCUUAUGGGAGUUGUAGUUCAGCAACAUCUGGAGGGCAAAAGGUUCCCCACACUUGAUCUAGACAAAAAUGGAUAAAUGCCUGUGGCUACACUCCAGCCAAUAGGCAAGAGAAAGAGAAGCUGUUAUGAAAGUACAGGAAACAACAAGUUUUGCAAAUGGAGUUCCUGUGUCCCAGAACUACUGAAGCCUGUUCUAAUUUCUGCAGCUAAGUAACCAAUAGGCACAGAUCCAAAAAAUAUUAAGAUAAUUCCACCGGUUAUAAAAACCUACUCCCAAAAUGACCAGUUUAUAUGAUGAGCUAAUCAAGUCUGGAAGAUAAACUGCACGUGUGAAGCUAUAUCAUAAACUUUAGAAGUAUACAGAGUUGCCACAUUUGUGAAGUGGGCUUUGGAAACGUUCAUUUCUGUUUUAGAUUAAGCACAGCUUACCAUGUUGUCUAAACCUGACAAACAUUGAUUAAUCUUAACUGCAGUUUGUUGAAACAAGCCCAACUGCAAACCAUAUUUUAAGAAGGUGGCUCAUUUCAGCAAACCAUACUUAAGGUUAACCACAGUUUAGGGAUCAGACUGAGCACUUGACUGUGGUUAAAAAAACUGAAGGAGAACUUUCUGACCUCAUGGCCAUACUGGAGAAGGAAAAGAGAGAGGGGGAGCACAUAAGCCCAAACUCACUGUGGCUCACCCUUGUAGUAUUAAACUGUAGUUCAGCAUUGCAUGCAAAUGUUCCCAUUUUCAAAUGAUUUUGUCAAUUGGCGUCUAUGCUUUGAGGUGUCUGAAGCAAUGUAAUUCUUGAAGCACCUUCCUGCUUUUGCCUUGCAGCACACUGUAGUCUAGCUCCUGUAGCUUGAUCUCUAUGGCAUUGCAGACCAGAUCAUUUCCAUCGAACAGCAAGGAGCUGGGGGCCCUUCCAAUUUUAUGAAUCUGAUUCAGAUUGAUAUUCUGUCCAGGUCAAUCAAUAUUCAACAGAAAGAAGUAUUCUCAGGGAUCUGGAAGUGUAGCAGAGUGCUAUCAGCAAUACACGGGAGUAUCUGUGGCAUUCGUUCCUUAUCAGUGUUUGUGCCUAACUUGCCAUAUGUCAUUAAGUGCAGAGAUGAACAGGCAAUAUUGUCUUAGCGGUGUAUUCUGCUUGGUCUAUGGUAUUUGCCUUUCCACUCUGCAAAGUUGACAACACUUUUGUUUUAAGCUUAGCUCUGUGAACUAGCAAAGAGAACUGUAAAGUUCGUAGAUCCUGGCAAUCAAAAUCUUGUGUUGAAUCUGUGUUAGUGUACUUUGCAUGUUUGCCUACUGGUACUACUCUGACCAUAACUCAUACCAUUCACUCUGGUGGGGCUUGUGGAGGAAAACUUCCCAAUGGAUUGGGAUAUUUGGCCUUUCCUCCAUUUUUAGUUCGUGAGAAGUAAUUUGAGUGCCGCCGGGAGAGUUUGAGACGUACAAUGCUUGUGAGUGAUUAAUUCAAUGACUCCUAGAAAUUCAGUUCCUUGUCUAUAACAUCAGAGGCAUUCAGUCUCAUGGCAUAAGUUGCUGUUGUUUGUUUGUUUUGCAAAAGACAACCCUUCUCUGGAGUGGCAUAACAAUCCAAUGCGGUGGGGGUGGGGAGAGAGAAUCUGUGGUGGCAGAAGUGUCAAAUCCAGAGCCCCACUGGUCUAGUCUCCCAGCAGCCUGGCCAGAAGGUGAGGACGGUGGCUGGAGAGAAAAUAAAUACAGCAGCUCCAGACCUAGAAUCUUAUCCCUCCUUUGCUGGGAGAACAGGAGAACUUUGGAUACUGUGGAUCCGCGCCCUCUCUUGAUCCACCCCAACAUGCGCCUUUUUCCUCUCAGCCAACGACAGAACAUUGAUGGUGGUGGAGGAUGUCUGCAGAGUUUCUGCAGCCACAAUGAGGAGGCCUCCAUGUGUGCACCUCUGCAAUAUCCUAUAAACCACUGGAUUGUGCCUGUAGGGAGUAUAGUAUUACAAGUAUCUUGCAAUCUGCCUUUUACUUACUGUUGAAAAUUCUGAUGUGAUUGUUUAACAACUUGUUCUAAAACAGGAGAAGUGAACCCUUGGACCUCCAGAUGCUGCUGAACUAUAACGCCCAUCAGCCCUAGCAAAUGUGGACAACAGGCAAGGAUGGUGUAGUUCAGCAAUAUCUGGAGGGCCAAAGGUUCCUCUCGCCUGCUGUAAGAGAUAUCCAGAGGGAACUUGGAAGAUGUCUUUGCCACGGGUAACUUCUAAUUAGCAUCUGAAAUAUGGCACCUAUCUACAUUUUUUUCUGUCUUUUGAAUCGCACGGUCUUUAGAAAAUAUAUCUAUGUUGGAACAUUCCAAACAAGUAGGUUGGCAACUUAGUGUACAUUGGACAAGGAACUGUGGCCAACUGUGGCUUUCUGCUAAGUGUACCUGUAUGGCAAUAUUCAUCUUUGUCUCAUUUUUGCAUUACAUAUUUAGGUGUACAUGUUGAAAAGGCGUACACCUAAAAAUGUCAAGUGUGAAACAGCCCUCUACAUGGAGCUGUUCCGUUAUCCUAUUUUGCCUGUUCAUACAUUCAUGUGACUGGAGAAUUGCCCAUUUAUUUCCUCAGUUCUGUUUCUGAUGGGGUCUUUAUAGAUCAAAUGAACUAUUGACUCCAUUCCAAAGAUGUUUGUAUAGAUGAUACCUGAUGUAUACAUAAAUGUUAUGACAGAAAUAUCUCCAGGAAUUAACUGCCUCAGCAAAGUUUUUAAUUGAAAAAAAAAAGUAUGUUGUUGUUUGUACUUUUUUUUUGUCUUUGUUUUUAUACCUGGUUUUUUUUAAUGCUGAUAAUUUUAGAAGAAAAAAGAUUGUUAUAUUAUGCUGUUCAACUAUUUUCCAACUUGUAUUUUCAUAUAAUUUAUAUUUUAUAAAACUGAAGAAAAAACCUUAAAAAGCAAGAUUUUUUUAAAAAAGGAGAAAAAGCAGGUGCUUUUUAGGAAGAAGAAAACCAAACUCAACUGAGGUAGCUUAGAGAUGUAGCGAUGUCUGUGUGUGUUUAAAAGGAAAAAAAAGAAAAAUUCAAAAUCACAACCCCUCCCACACUGAAGACUUAAUAGGGAGUGGAGUUGGUUUUGUUUUAAUUGCUGAUGCUGGCACAUCAUUCUUCUGGAGAGUCUUUUAUAUACUGUAGCCUUAUUUCAUAUUGUAUUUUAAACCAUUUGAAAUUAAAAAAAAA